UGUGAGAUGACGCAUAUGGCGAGCGUCACAUGAAAUGCACCCUGGGAUGUAUAUUGUGACGCAACUUCUCUGAUUGGCUAAUUUGUCUUCUCAGGGCAUAGGUCGCUCUUGACUGAGAGUCUGAACCAAGGUGUACUUCGUAAAAUUCAUCUGUUUUAUUCAUCAUUCGGAGUUAUUUCCCCAGAAGUAUCAAAUGCAAGAGCAGAACAGGCAUAUGAUUUGCUUUCAGGGGUAGUUGAUCGGUAUUUCCAAUCCGGGGAGAAAAUUAAGUAAGCGCAGCCAAUCACGUCAAUCCAAUUCGUUAAAGUUGUGCAUGUUUUUGCGAUUUGUUUGUUGGGAAGAUUAAAAGCAUUAUUUUGUGCCAAUAUGGAAGUAGAUUCCCUUCAAAGCAGCCGUAUUAGAAGGUAAGCACACUUUCCAUUGCAGGAACUUUAUCCUCAGGUUGUACUCUCAGGCUUACUUUUACAAUGGGUUUGUAGAAAAAUUAAGCAAACAAGAUCCAAUAUUGAUGAUAGAAUUGUUUGGUUUUGUUUGUUUUAUUAUGCUGGAUUAAAUCAAUUUAUGAGGUGUACAUGUGGCAUUAAAUCAAGCGUAAUUUAAUUGGAAUUUUAAGGUAGUCAACUGCUAAAACAUCCCCUGUUCUUUCCAAAUUAAUGUUGCCAUUGAUCAACUCCCUGAAUUGUACUCCAGUAAUAAAAUAGUACUCCUUUUACCCAAGUAAUGUAUACAGACUGAAAAUAGCUUGAGUUUCAGAAGGUCUGAGAGUUAGACUGAAAAGGGCUUUUAAUUUCCAUACCAGACCCAUAUGACAUAAAGAAGAAAAAAAGCGAUGUACAAAUAUCUAAUCAGACUAAAAAUAUCAACAGAAAAUUAUGAGUUAGUUUUAUUUUUUCAUCAGUAAGCCUUGUGCGUCACCUGAACUUUAUGAUAGUGAGUCAGUCAUGUGAAUCAACUGUGGAUUUGCUUAUGAAGAAGUCCAUAGACCUUUAUCUUAUGACUACCAAGACAAUUUGCAUAAAUCUAACCCCAUAGGGAAAAACUUGAGAACUGAGUUUCAACAUGUAAAAACAAAACUAUUUACCCAGUAAUCUUCCAGUACUUACUGGCUGCCAUCCAAAGGUCUACUGACAAAGAGCAUGCUCCCUGAAAUUUUACCUUUGGUUCAAAUUUUGUUUUCUGAAUAACCAAAUAUAAAUGAACAAAUGCAGUAGAAACAUGCUGACCUGGACAUGAUUUGAAAAAAGAGUGGUUUAUAUUUUAGGCAUAUCUGCUUUUCCUAAAAAGUCCUGACAAAGCAAGAGUCCCUAAUAACAGGAUCUUCUUAUAGUCAAAUAUUUUCCUUGCAAAACAAAAUAGUAAAAUAUCCUGGCUUUUUCCUCCUUGAAUAAAAAAAUUCCUAAUCCUAAAUUUGAUAUGUUAUCUUUGCCUUUUAGACUUUUUCAACUGGGAACCUUUGUUGUGUUUGUGUGGUGGGCAGCCGUAGUGAAAUCCAUAAGUGCUGUGUUUACCUGCAUAUUUGGCCCAAAUUACAGGCAAUCUAUGUAUGGAAAGAGAAUAAAAAAGAGCAAGUUUAUACUUGAUGAUAAAAUCACUCUAACUAACCAUGGAUCAUUUGGUACUGUUCCAAAGAAGGUGUUAGAAGCUCGAUGGCAGUUGCAGGUACUGGUUACGUGAAUUCUGGUCAGGACAGCGGCCUGGCAUUUUGAAUACCAUGAAUAAAUGAAUAAGAAAUGUCAACAUUCAUGAAAAGGGAGUCUUGCUCUAAGCCUCUAAAUUAUGUCUUUUUGGCCUUUUUAGACCCAAAGGUUUGAAAUGUAAAAAUAAUCUUGUAAUCAUUUUUAUCACCUUAACACUCCAGUGUGAUGUAGUUUUUAUUGUUAUUAACUGUCACAACAGUAAAUAACUUUUCUUUCUGAUAUUUUGUUUAUUCAUAAUCUUCAGAACCAACCACAAGCAUAGACAAGUUUAAUAAAGAGAGAAUCUAUCAUUUUAUCUUUUUCCACAGAUCCCUUCAAUAAGAGGAGAAGAACAUGACCCCUGUACAUGAAUUUUAACAAUUUUUUGCCAUGAUUGUUUCAAUAAGGCCAAAAAAUUCAGUCUACUUGUACACAUAUACAAAAGAAACAUAGCUGAUCAUUGCUAAUGUACACAACUAUCACAGAGAUCAAUUUGGACUGAGUGAUUGAUUGUCCAUUCACUGAUUUGCUGACUCAAUCUGAGUUUCUUAAAAAGUAUCUCCUUUCACACUUUGCCUUUUAGAAGUGAAAAUAUUUGAUUGUAAGUUUAUCUGUUGGUGGCGGUGGUGGUCUUGUUAGGGAAAGAGUUAAAAUAAUCCUUUUUUCUCUUUUUUUUACACAGGAAGAGAUGGAUAAAUACCCAGAUGUAUGGUUCAGAUACAAAGUACAGAAUAUGUGGAACAAAUCUCUGGAAACCGUGGCCAGGUUUGUAAGAGCUGAUCCUCAAGACCUGGUGUUUGUACCUAAUGCAACUGCUGGCAUCAAUUCAGUGCUAAAGUGUCUGGAUAUUCAUGAGGGUGAUGGCAUUCUUAUAACUAAUCAAACUUAUGGAGCAGUUCAAAUAACAGCACAAGAUAUUUGCCAAGCAAAAAAAGCCAAGCUUAUUGUGCUUAAUAUCACAUUUCCUACUUCAGACAUGACAUCUUCUGUGAAUUACCAUGCAACUGAGGUCGUUCAACACUAUGAAAAAGUGUUACAGGAAAAUCCCUCCAUAAAGGUGGCAAUUAUAGAUGCCAUUACCAGUAAUAGUGCAUUAAAGCUCCCUUUUAAGAGGCUAACUGAGGUGUGUCAUAAGUACAACGUUCUGGUGUUGGUUGAUGGUGCUCAUGCACCCGGACAAAUUCCCCUGGAUCUUGACAGGCUUGGUGCAGAUUUCUUUGUUGGUAAGUUGCAAAUAUGAUAUAAUUGGUGCAUACUUCAACUCCAUCCUUUUUUGCCUUGUAAACUGAUUUAGCUACAUGCUGGUGGUUCCUACUAUUAUUUCCAAAAUUACAAUUAAAUGAGGUUCACAAUAACUUUAUGAUGAAAAGGUGGAGCAUGAUCAUUCAAGUGAACGUAGUCCUGAAUAGGACUGUUGUUGACAGAGACUGACAUUUCAACAACCUGUGCAUUAGUCCAGAGUCAAAGUGAGUUGUAUUGUCAGUUGUGUAGUGAUUCUGUCGUUGUCAGUUUUGUGUCAGUCCAAGGGUGAGAACUGAUCACAUUUUCUGCAAUGUAUAUGGACUGCAACCUUUUUGUAAUCAUAUCUACCACUAUAGAUCAAAUACACACUCAGUGAUCUUGGUAAUUCAAGCAAUCUGAUUGGUUAGCUAUCUCGGACUAUGACGUUAUAUUCACCACGCUAUUAAGCCGUUGAUGCUGAAGCUUACAAAACUCGAUACAAGAAGAUUAAAACCAUCUAACUUUUGCGCAUCCACUGUUUACAGCUUUGUGUUCAUGCAUGAAUUCACCCAUCAAUCAAACUUAUUGUUUUUUAAUGGUUUCCUUUCUGAUUCUAUUGAGAUCACUUCAUAUGAAUAUACUAAAAGAAUUAUUCACCUCAGGCGAAGUUAAUAUUAUCGAAUAAUAUUAACUUCGCCUUCGGGGAAUAAUUGUGAAAUAUAAUUUAACAAAGUGCUAUAAACUGAAGGAAUAAAAGUGUAUGUAAAAAUCUCAUUGCCUGCCUCCUAGGAAAUCUUCACAAAUGGCUCUUUGCUCCUCGUGGAUGUGCUAUUCUCUGGAUCAGCCCCAAGUUUCAUGAUAUCAUCCUACCACAGGUUGUCUCGUGGAAUCACGAUAAAAGCCUUCAGGACAGAUUUUUCUCACAAGGCACAAUGGACCACACCUCUUACAUUGCGAGCGAGACUGCCAUCAAGUUUUAUAAUGAUAUAGGAGGAAUGGUGGGUGCUUUUGAUUACCAAGGGUAAACUAGGUCAUACCCAAGCCAUGAUCGCUUCAGUGACCCAUACAUUAAGAUUAUUGCAGCAGCUCAUCCCAAAAGUUUGAAUCAAACUCAAGCCUGUAUUGGCCUGUGCCCUGUCCGCAGAUGUUUUUUCUUUUUAUUAUUUUUUUCCAGAAGUUCAGUGAACAGUCUUUAAAGAAAAACUGAGCCUGCAAGCAGGCUUUAAAGCAGGCAGGUUUUUCUGAUUCUUUUUUAUUAUCUGAUUGGAAAACCGUCAUAAGUGAGUAAGUUUACAGCAUAAAAUAACCUUUCUAACAAUCUGUUAAAUUUAUACAGUGACAAUAUUUUUCUCUCUAUAAAUGGUUCUUAUUUGAUUAUACUUUCAGUCUGAAAGUUGAUUGUUAGAAACCUCGGGUCACUGUGUUUUUGUUGUUUUAUUUAACACUGAAUUUGAAGUUUAUUGUAUUAUCAGUUAAUUGGGCAGGCUUACCUCCAACAGACCACUGCUUGAAGAAUUAGCCUGAAAUAGAUAAACAUCGCAAAUCAUGUGGGAAAGUAAUGCUUGUAUUGGUUAUAUACCCAUAUGAUCUAGCACUAUGCCCUUAAGAAGCCUUUGAUCCUAAGGCCCCUGAAAUACUUCCUAAAAUAAUUAGAACCUUUGAUGUAUUGUGAACUCUUUACCUGUAUCUUGACUGUACAGAUUUAGUACUUUUUCAUUGAAUAGAGGGUAGCAGGGCUGUGCUGUUGCCUUACUUUUACUCUUGGAUCGGGUUAGUAAAUCUUAAUUUUUUGCAUCAAAAUCAUUUACUGGGCACCCUGGAUUUCUUAGGCUCAGAGAAUAGGGCUCCCUAGGAUUUUUCUCAGAGCACAGCAUUGAAAAUAAUAGGAUGAAUCCUCUUCACUGGGCCAUAUUGGAAAGAACUGCAAGUAUUUUACUGAGAGUAUCUGAAUUAAUGCAUCUAUGGCAAAACAAAAGUUUGAGCCUUAAAAUGUUUUGUUAUCAUUAGAGUUCCAUAACAAAGUACAACAGUCAGCUUGCUUCUUGGGCAGUGAUGUUGUUAGCAGAAGCCUGGGACACAGAAGUACUUCCUGUUCCAGAAUCCAUGCGAGCCCCUUGCAUGGCUGUUGUACGUCUUCCUGGUACAUUGUCAGCAGCUUAUGGAUCAACGUCUGAAGGAGCCAAGCAGAUGAUGUCUGAUCUCUACACAAAAUACAAAGUUGUUGCUUGUUUUGUGUGCGUACAAGCAUCACUGUGGUGUCGAGUGUCUGCUCACGUUUACAAUGCCAAAGAAGACUACAUGCUGCUUGCUGAAGUGGUCUUAAAGCUGAUGGAAGAAUGUGCAAAUGGGUUUUGUCCAAAGGUAGAGAAAGCUGCCGAACCUAACAGAUGGUCGUGGUAUGAAGAGCCACGUUAACAGAGAACAAAAAAUGAAAUAACAUUAACAAUGAUUGUGAUAUUAGCCAGCAGAACAGGCGAUAUUUUUUGUGUUUUUCUGGCAAACGAAAAAACGAAGCGGGCGUAGGGUGCAAGACACGCGCGACGAGGGAAUGCGCGGAAAAAUACUGUUUUUGCGCCUUCCCCCGUCGCGCACCGUGACUAGUGUCCUCGCUCGCUUCGCGCUUGUCUUCCCUCGUCUUAAAAACGCCAAAAAGUAGGCCCGUUCUGCCGGAUAUUGUGAGAUUCUUAUAAUAUCAGUGGUGUGAUGGGAUGUUUUAAGUAAAUAAUAGGUAUAUAAUACCCUUUUCUCUGUUCAACAACCUCUUGAUAAUUAUGGUAAGAUAAAACCUUGAAUCACAAGUUGAAUUUAAAGUAAACCGGACACUGAUUUUAGCUAGCCUGAAUUUCAUCCGAUUACUUCGAGUCGUUAUUACUCCCUCAGAGGAGAAAACGGCUUGAAGCAAUCGGAUGAAAUUCAGGCUAGGUCUUAGCAACCUGUACAGUACUGUAAAGUUUUGGGGUUUUUUUAUUAAUAGUUUGUGCUAACAAUCACUUUUGAUCUCUUUUAUCCAUAGACUUGAACUAAAUCGACCUGUUUUUAGUUAUAAACGGGGGAAAAGAUUGUUAAUAACCUCAAAAGAAGUGAAACGAGCUUUAGUGAGGUCGCGAAAGGUCAUACUUGACAAAAUAAAACUACGCAACUGCUUUUUUAAGACUUUGCGAAAGUCUGUUACUCUUCCUAUACACGACUCGUAAAGUGCCAACUAUAUCUUGAUCGUGUUUAAAUAAAGGUUUUGUACGCUAU